AUGCAAAAUUCGUCUAUAACAGUGGCGGUUUCAUGUUGAGGCGUUGGUCAGCUUGUAAAGUGUAAAGCGGACAACUGACGGCCGGUUAAACAAAUAACAAAUUUCCAAAGUUUUCCGCAAAUAAUCAAAUAUCACCGUUCAAACUCGAUUGUAAUGAGUGUUGAUGUCAUGAAGCCCAUGGAGAUUAAGGGGCGCGAGAUUGAAAAUGGGGCCGAACCAUCCGCCCCCAUUACCAAGAAGGGCAUUCUCACAUCUUUCCAGACUGGCAAGCCCAUGAACAUUCCUGAUACUGAUAUUCUUGGCAGAUGUAGGUUCGUGUCCGAGUUUGAGAAGCUCAACAGAAUCGGGGAGGGAACCUACGGGAUUGUUUACAGGGCAAAGGACACGAUAUCCGGGCAGAUUGUGGCGUUGAAAAAAGUUCGCAUGGAUCAGGAAAGGGAUGGCAUCCCCAUUAGUAGUCUUCGAGAAAUUCAGGUCUUAUUGAACUGCAAACAUGAAAAUAUUGUACACCUUAAGGAGGUUGUUGUGGGAAAAAGCCUGGAAAGCAUUUUCUUGGCCAUGGAAUACUGCGAACAAGAUCUGGCUUCACUGCUUGAUAACAUGCAAGCCCCAUUCACCGAGUCCCAAGUGAAAUGCAUAAUGCUGCAAGUCCUUAGAGGGCUUCGUUAUUUGCAUCACAACUUUGUUGUUCACAGGGAUCUAAAAGUAUCCAACUUGCUAAUGACGGACAAAGGCUGUGUGAAGAUUGCCGACUUUGGAUUGGCCAGAUGGUUUGGGGUCCCCCUAAGACCGAUGACGCCCCAUGUUGUAACAUUAUGGUAUCGAUCACCAGAACUGCUACUGCAAGCUCCUACUCAGACUACAAGUGUGGAUAUGUGGGCUGCGGGGUGCAUUUUAGGGGAAUUGCUAGGUCAUAAACCGCUGUUGCCUGGACGUACCGAAAUUCAGCAACUGGAGCUAAUUGUCGACUUGUUAGGAACACCCUCAGAUGCAAUUUGGCCUGGUUUCAGUAAUUUGCCUGCGUUGCAAAACUUUAGCUUGAAACAACAGCCCUACAACAAUCUGAAGCAGAAGUUUCCUUGGUUGUCCGCAGCUGGACUGAGGUUGCUCAAUUUCUUGUUCAUGUACGAUCCAAGAAAGAGAGCUACGGCUGAAGAAUGUCUUCAAAGCAGCUACUUCAAGGAACCACCGCUGCCGUGCGAUCCCAAACUGAUGCCCACAUUUCCCCAGCACAGGAACAUUAAAGGUUCUAAAAACCCUGCUGCUCCCGAACUUUCUUUGGGUGACCAAACGAAUAAUCUGCCUGCAAUUUCUGAUUUGUUGGGGUCAAUUGUGAAGAAGCGGCGAAUUGAGUAAGGUAGGAUGAACCCAUUUGCUUUGUGUAUUUUUAAGAAAUUUCUGACGCAGACUUAUAUCAGUUACGUUUUAUUAACUUAAGUUAGCAGUAACUACAAGAAAAGGUCAAAGUCUACUUCUUGGGUUGAUUCAAAUUACACAAACCUAUUGUACCGUUGCUACAGGCAAAUGAAAUAAAUCAAUCUUAGUAA